ACUGGAUAAGACAGUUCUAGCCCGGGGGGAUUAGAUCGGGCAGUUUUAGUCUAUCAAGACUGGACAGGAUAGUUCUAGUCUGAGUGUAUUGGAUAUAACAGCUCCAGUUUGAGAGGACUGAUUGGACAGCUCUAAUAAAAGGGAUUGAAUUGGACAGGUCUAGUCUGAGGGGAUUGGAUAGGACAACUAUAGUCCAGGACAAAUCUUGUCUAAGGGGGGAAUGAUAGGACAGCUUUAUGGAAAGGGAUUGGAUUGGACAGUGCUAGUCUAAGGGAAUUGGAUAGGACCACUACAGUUUUGGACAAUUCUUAACUGAGGGGACCGCAUUGUUGGUUGGGAAAUUACCAAAAUUCAAUGGUGAAAUCAGUCACAACCUGACAUUGAAAAAACGUCAAAAAGAGUAUGUUGUUUCAACGUUGUAUUUGAGUUGCUCAAAUUCAGGACCUAAUUCAACAAGUUCUCAACGUUGUUUUAAUGUCUUGUGCCUGCUUAGAGGGGACUGUGUAGGACAGAUUUAGUCUGAGGCGACUGGAUAGAGCAGAACUAGUUUACGACAACUCUGGUCCGAGGGUAUUGGAUUGGACAGCUCUCGUCUGAGGGGACUGGAUAGGACAGACUUUGUCUGUGGAGGCUGUAUAGGACAACACUCAACUGAGGGAACUUGAUAGGACAUAUCUUGUCUUAAGGGACUGGAUAGAACAGCUCUCCUUUGAGGGGAUUGGAUAUAAAAUAUAUUUUCUUCGGGACUGGGUAGGAUAGCUCUCAUCUGUCUGAUGGGACUACGGUAGAUAGGAAAGCUCUUGUCUGUGGGGACUGGGUAGGACAGCUCUUGUCUGAGGGGACUGGAUAUGACAGUUUCUGUCUAAGGGGAACUGUAUAGGACAGCUCUCGUUUGAGGAGACCUGAUUGACAGCUCUCGUCUGAGGGGACUGGAUAGGACAAAUCUUGUCUGUGGAGACUGGAAAGGACAACUCAACUGAGGGGACUUGAUAGGACAGAUUUUGUCUUAAGGGACCGGAUAGGACAACUCUCAUCUGAGGGGAUUGGAUAGAAAAGAUCUUAUCGUCGGGACUGGGUAGGAUAGCUCUCGUCUGAUGAGACUAGAUAGGAACGCGCUUGUCUAAGGGGACUGGAUAGGACAGCUCUCAUCUGUGGGGACUGGAUAGGACAGCUCUUGUCUGAGGGGACUGGGUAGGACAGAUCUUGUCUGUGGGGACUUGAUAGGACAGCUCUUGUCUGAGGGGACUGGAUAGGACAGAUCUUGUCUGAGGGGUCUGGAUAGGGCAGCGCUAGUCUACGAUAACUCUGGUCCGAGGGUAUUGGAUAGAACAGCUCUCGUCUGAGGGGGACUGUAUAGGACAAAUCUAAUUUGAGGGUACUGGAUAGGACAGCUUUCGUCUUAGGGGAAACUGUAUAGGACAGCUCUCAUCUGAGGAGACUGGAUAGGACAGAUCUUGUCUGUGGAGACUGGAUAGGACAACACUCAACUGAGGGGACUUGAUAGGACAGAUCUUGUCUUAAGGGACUGGAUAGGACAGCUCUCGUCUAAGGAGAUUGGAUAGAAAAUAUCUUGUCUUCGGGACUGGGUAGGAUAGCUCUCGUCUGAAAGGAAUAGAUAGGAAAGCUCUUGUCUGAGGGGACUGGAUAGGACAGUUCUUGUCUGAGGGGACUGGAUAGGACAGAUCUUGUUUGAGGGGACUGGAAAGGACAGCUUUCAUGUGACGGGACUGUAUAGGACAGAUCUUGUCUGCGGGGACUGGAUAGGAUAGCUCUAGAGACUACAAAGGGCUGAAUGAAUGAAUGUGGUGUGGUUUCAGCGCUAUGAAGAUCCACAAGAAGAUUGUGAGUCAUUUCCUGUCCUGCACGUCUCCAGUGGACAAGGAAGGAUAUCUCUUCAAGAAGAAGACUAAGAAGGACACCUACCAGCGCCGUUGGUUGGUCCUGAAGGCCAACCUGCUCUUCUACCAGGAGCGACCCGCAGACCGCCACCUGCUGGGGGUCAUCGUGCUGGAGGGCUGCGCGGUGCGGCGCUCCGACGCAGACGGCCGCUGGUCCUUCUGCCUGCUCUUCCAGGGUCCCGGGCUGAAGAGCUACAGGUUUGCUGCGGGAGACGAGGACACUCUGGACGGUUGGGUGAGAGCCUUGCUGUCCGCCAGCCACUCUUAUCUGUCCCUCAUGCUCCGAGACCUGCACAGGCAGUACCAAGAAGCCAAACAUGACCAGAGUUCUGAUGGGUCACCUACAAUGGCCCUAAACCAGAACGUAGCCCAGCUAAACCAGCAAUGGUGGCUGCCAUCAACAUCAGUGGAUGGAGGGAAGAGCGCCGUGAUCACAGCAGCAAGUAAAAAGUGUCCUGUGAGAAACUCGUACGUCACGCCUUUACACUCGCCAGAACCGCCGCACGCCGACUGGCCUUUGAUGGACUUCUGCAAACUGCAUGACUACUUCGGCCAAGAGGUGAAGAAGGUUCGAAAAGAAUGGCUGAAAAGUCAGCAGGCGACUGCGGAGGAAGACUGUGAAGGAGAUCUUAUUGAUCUGCCGUGAAAGAAAAAGGAAGCGAGAUUACGAGAAACUUGAUACUUUUUCAGUACUUUUGUGAAUUCAAUUUGUCAAUUCAGGGGUGUCCAAACAUUUUCCACUGAAAAAUUAAAGAAUGCAGGGGCCAUUUUGAUAUUUUUAGUUUUCAAAACCAAUACAAUAUAUAGAUUUUUUUAUACCCUCACUAAAAUAUCUAGAUCAACAUUUAUCGAAGUUUUUAGUUUUUUAUGUUUUAUGCCAUUUUUUGACAAAACCCAAUUUUUUAUGGCAAAAUCACAAAAUAUGCAGUAUUUUCCCCUGAAAAUUUUGUAAGUGAAAUAUUUGAUGUGAAGUAAUUGGAGUCUGAAAUAGGUAAAUAAUUCAUAACGACGUUGAUUUUGAUUCAUUAUUUUUUUAGCAGUGACUUGAUGUUUUUUUAGAGUCCCACUAAACUUCUUGGGGAUCCAAAAGGGCCCCACUCAUAAAAGUGUUAAAAAUAAGUCAUACUUUUUUUUAACCUUCAACACUCUUGUCUCUACAUCAACUUCAGAUCAAUCCAUCAAAUAUAAUUUUUUAAAUAAUUUUUUCAUGUUUGCGUACCCUUUUUGUUAAAGAAAACAUUUUCAUAUGGCAAACUCACAAAAUAUGCAAAAUGUUCCCCCCCAAAAUAUUUCAAAGUGGAAUAUUUAUUGUAAAGUAAUAGGAGCCUUGAAUAGGUCAAUAAUUCCAUCCAUCCAUUUUCUACCGCUUAUUCCCUUUGGGGUCGCGGGGGGCGCUGGAGCCUAUCUCAGCUACAAUCGGGCGGAAGGCGGGGUACACCCUGGACAAGUCGCCACCUCAUCACAGAGGUCAAUAAUUGAUUUUAAUUAAUUAUUAUUUUUUGAGCAAUGACAGUUUUAAAGAAAAAAAGCGUGCAUGGCAGCUUUGUGUCAUUAGAGUCAACAUUGCAACUUUUUAUCGUUACAUUUCACUUGUUUGCUCUUUGAUUCCACUUUUUAUGUGUUUUUUGUAAUAAUAUUUUUGGAAUGUGCCGCGGGUCCUUAAAAAAUUAGCAGCAGGCCACACGGUGUACACACCCAUGUAGUAAAUGUGACUUGUUUAAAAAAUCUCAACAUUUUUAUUUAACAUUUGAAAACAAGCUGUGCUGUCUAGUAACUGUCUAGUUUUUGUACACUUCUGUACUGUAUUAUACUGUACCUGUGUAUCUACUGUACUAUAUAGACUUUGCACGCAGUCGCAAUUCCAAGACGUUAGAUGUUAGUGUAUUGUUUAUUUUAUACUGUAAGUAUUGUACUUAUUACGCACUAGCUGUUUGGUUUUCAUUAACAAAUUUGGAGGUAUUGAAAUUGCCAUGUAAAAUUGCUGCGGAUGGGUAUCGAUAUAGUACCGUUUCCCGGUACCUGGGAACCAAUACCAGUACUCGACAGUACACAUUUUUGGUACUUAUGUGUUUAUUUAAAAAAAAUGUUUUUGAUAAUAAAAUCUCAUUAUUUUAUUGUAACAUUUGAAAAUUAGCUGAUUAUGAUAACUGCCGUCCAGUUAUAUCUUGUUUUAUUAUCACAU